AUGGAAGGCGAUACGGAUGAUAGAGAAAGGAAAAAUUGCGUUUCAGUGGAAGAGAAAAAAGAAGCUUCAGAAUUAUUCAGCACAAGAUCAACCACAUCUAGACCAAGAGAUGCAAGUGAUAUAUGCAAGAUGAUAGAUGCGUGGAGUCCUAUCACUCGUGAAGAGCAUCAAGAGAAUAGUUGUUAUCAUCCCUCAAGAGAAGAUGAACCCACUAUUCUUAAAAAAAAUGAUGAUACAGGGAGUUUAAAGGUUUCUUCAUAUUUAGAAGCUGAAAAGAAAUUAUCAAUUCGAGAGAUCAAAGUUGAGACAUUAAAUUUGGGACCGUUUAAAAAGAAAAAAGGAGGAUCAGAUUCACAGAAAGGAAAUAAUAGUGAGAAGGACAAUGCUGGGAGUAACGAUGAUGGUAAAACAAAGAGGACAGACGUUUUGACAAUGAUUAGCAACAGUUGCAGUGAAAUUUUCGAGAAACGAUUGUUCUUAAGCGGAUACAAAUUUGCAUGCAAUAUUUUUAAUUUAAGAAAAAAAAAAAUCACGCAUAUUAUUAACAUGGCUGGAAAUGAAUGUCCAAAUAAAUUCCAAGAUACUCUUUUGUAUAGAACCUACCACCUUAAGGAUGACAUACAAGAGGAUAUUUUUUACAUCUUACUGGAUGUGACAUAUUUCAUAGAAACAGUGCUGAAUACAAAUGAAAAAAAUAAAAUUCUCGUACAUUGUAAUAAGGGAAUAUCUCGAUCUGUAAUUGUAAUUAUAUUUUUUUUAAUGAAUCGGCUAAAUUUAAAAUUUUCAGAAGCAUUUGAAAUCGUUAAAAAACGUCGUCAGCUGUCGAAUCCUAAUUUGGGUUUUGUUACACAGUUACUUCGAGUAUUUAACUUACGGGGGUUUGUUCUAAGUGGGCAAGUAUCCCAAAAAGCACAACCGACUAAUGGAGCAAAAUUUGUUGAAUCUACUAAUACUCUGCCACCUGGGAGUGUCACUAUGAUUUUCAGAAUUGAAAGCACAGAGAAGGAACUCACAUUUACCAGUUUAAGUAGCAUGUCAGUAAAAGCAGACAUAGACACAUACUCAAAUGUUAGUAAAAAGUGUAAGCCUAUAUCAAUAGAUGAGAGAUUUAAUUAUGUAGUAACAAAAAAUUUCCAUACUUUCUACCUCUUGCUAUUUGACAGUACCUUUGAAAAUAUAUACAAAUCACUAUUUGAUCACUUUGUGAACAUAUGUAUCCAAUUUUUUUGUAACACACGAUCCACCAAGUUUAUUAAACAUAUUAUUCGCUCCGACAUUGAUGCAUUUAUUGCACGCUUCCAAAUGGAUACAAAGGUGUGCAGAAGUCUUUCAUGCAAUGAUGUUAUUUAUCAAAAUCUGCAAAAUGUUCUGCAGCAGAUUGUGCAAAUAUAG